AUGCACAGUCGGGGGAAGCGCGGCGACACUCCGCUCCACAUAGCUGCUAGGGAGGGCAGCAUAACGGAUGCCAGGAAGAUCCUCUCGCAAUGCGAUGACGCAGACGUAAAAGACGUGAUCGUGAAGCAGAACCAGGACGGGGAGACGCCGCUGUAUCUCGCCGCAGAGAGAGGGCAUGUCGGAGUUGUAAGAGAGAUUUUGAAAGUUUCGGAUAUGCAUGAGGCUUCUGUCAAGGCCGGUAACAGCUUCGACGCACUGCACAUUGCUGCUAAGCAGGGACAUCUCGAUGUGCUGAAAGAGCUAUUGCAGACUUUCCGUGAUCUUGCUAUGACCACAAACUCCGCGAAUUCUACUGCACUGGAUACCGCCGCCGCACAGGGACAUAUUGAGAUAGUUACUCUUCUUCUGGAGACGGAUGCGAGCCUCGCGAAGAUUGCCCGUAACAACGGUAAAACUGUUCUGCACUCCGCCACGAGACUGGGCCAUUUACAAGUGGUGAAAACAAUUCUAAGCAAGGAUCCGAGCAUCGUUUUCAGGAUUGAUAAAAAGGGGCAGACGGCGUUUCACAUGGCGGUGAAAGGGCGUAAUGUUGAGGUGGUGAUGGCGCUUCUUAGAUUAAAUCCUUCGGUGAUCAAUGCGAGGGACAAGAAGGGGAACACGCCGUUGCAUGUGGCCGCCAGGAAGGGGCGUUACGAGGUAGGCGAGAAAAUAUAA